AUGGCCGACCGCGACCUCUCCCAGGUGCUGGCCCAGCUCAAGCACUCUCCGUCCAUGAGCUGGGACGAGGCCAUCUCACUCCUCUCAAAGGCGAAGCUCGCCCUCCUCAAGCUCAACGCCCUCACGCCGAAGCCUUCUGUCCCGGCAAACCUCCUCGCCCUCGCGCGCGAGACAUACGAGCAGGGAGCGCUCUUCGCCAUCCGCGCCCGCAACCCGGAAGCCUUCACGCGCUACGUCCAGCAACUCCAGCCCUUCUACGAGCUCCCCUCGGCUAGAUUACCCCCGAACCUGCCCGAGCGCAACAAGGUCACUGGCCUCAGCCUGCUGCUGCUCCUGACCCAGGGCCGGUACGCAGAGUUUCACUCGGAGCUCGAGAGUCUCGCCAACAGGGACGGCGGCGGCAGCACCGGCGAUGUCGAGGGUGAUCGCUAUCUUGGCUACCCCAUUAGACUGGAGAGAUGGUUGAUGGAAGGGAGUUACGAUCGUGUCUGGAAGGCCAUGAAGAGCAGCGAGGUGCCGUGCGACGAGUACAGCGUCUUCUCCGAGAUCCUGAAGAACCAGAUUCGCUCCGAGAUCGCCAGCAGCAGCGAGCGCGCAUACCCCAGCCUUCCCAUCAGCUCCACCAAGUCCCUUUUGUUCCUCGACUCCGAGGGAGAUGUCAUCCAGUUUGCCAAACAUCGAGGUUGGAUCGUACGGGACGGCAACAUCUUCUUCCCCGACAGCAAUACCGAGACGAGCGAGGACGGUGCGCAGAGCAAGGAUUUGAGCCAGAUGGUGAUAGAGAAUACAUUGGGGUACGCGCGGGAGCUGGAGACUAUCGUGUAA